UCGGGGAGGGGUUGGGGCCGCGCUCCCACUCGCCCACACAGUCCGUGUGCCGCCCGCAGCCUCGCCGGCAGCUCGCUCGGCCCUGCUCGGCCCGGCCCGCAGGUAGGAGCCGCCGCGGGACGCUGCCCCGGCUGCCCGCCCCCCCGCCCCCGCGCGAGCGCCGUGCCCCGCUCCCGUCGCCCGCCUCGAGGGCUCACCCACAGCCACCAUGAGCGAGGCCUUUGACUGUGCAAAAUGCAGCGAGUCCCUGUACGGCCGCAAAUACAUCCAGACAGACGACGGCCCCUACUGUGUGCCCUGCUAUGACAACACCUUCGCCAACACGUGCGCUGAGUGCCAGCAGCUCAUCGGGCACGACUCGAGGGAGCUGUUCUACGAAGACCGCCACUUCCACGAGGGCUGCUUCCGCUGCUGCCGCUGCCAGCGCUCCCUGGCCGACGAGCCCUUCACCUGCCAGGACAGCGAGCUGCUCUGUAACGACUGCUACUGCAGUGCCUUCUCCUCGCAGUGCUCCGCCUGUGGGGAGACUGUCAUGCCCGGGUCCCGGAAGCUGGAGUACGGAGGCCAGACGUGGCAUGAGCACUGCUUCCUGUGCAGCGGCUGUGAGCAGCCGCUGGGCUCCCGUUCCUUUGUGCCCGACAAGGGUGCCCACUACUGCGUGCCCUGCUAUGAGAACAAGUUCGCUCCUCGCUGCGCCCGCUGCAGCAAGACGCUGACGCAGGGUGGCGUGACGUACCGUGACCAGCCCUGGCAUCGAGAAUGCCUGGUCUGCACCGGGUGCCAGACGCCCCUGGCAGGGCAGCAGUUCACCUCCCGAGAUGAUGAUCCCUACUGUGUGGCCUGUUUUGGAGAACUCUUUGCACCCAAGUGCAGCAGCUGCAAGCGCCCCAUCACAGGACUCGGCGGAGGCAAGUAUGUGUCCUUCGAAGACCGCCACUGGCACCACAGCUGCUUCUCCUGCGCCCGCUGCUCCACCUCCCUGGUGGGCCAGGGCUUUGUGCCAGACGGAGACCAAGUGCUGUGCCAGGGCUGCAGCCAGGCAGGGCCCUGAGUCAGGGCUCCUGGGCCCAGGCCCUCCCGCACCAGGGCUCCAGGACUAAGGCUCCUUUUCCAAACCACAUCUGGGACCCAGCCCCUCCCCAAAUUAGGGCUCCCCCUGGGCUCCAGGAUUCAGCCUCCCCACUCCAACAUCCCCAGUCUGGUACUUCCUGACCCAGGGCCCCCAAACUUGGGCUCUUAUGGAGCCUCCAUCAUUCAAAUCCCCUCCCCAAGCCUGAACUCUGGAACUCAGUCCUCUCCCCUACCGUCCGGCUUCCCAGGCCAAGCCCUUUUUCCAAAUCAGGGCUCUGGGACCCAAGCCCCCUUCAAUCUAGACUUCUCUCCAAAGACUUAGGUCUCCUAUGGGUGCCUGAGAAGUCCUCAAAAGUGGACUGUACUCAGGCUUCACGCUCCCCACCCCCAUCCCACUGCUAUCCCCAGGGAUGGGGCUGUCUGGGCAGCAGAUCGGGGGUUCACUGCUUAGGGGGUCCUAGGGUACAGGGUUUUGCCCAGCCCGUGUUGUCGAGUGUUUUCUCGUUUCAUUUCAUUUCAGCUCCAUUUUGCCCAGAGAUGGGCAGAGGGGUGGGUUUGGCUCACCGCCGCCUUUCAGAUUCUGCAAUAAAGCAGUAUGAGGAAGGGAAGGCCUCUGUGUGUUUG